ACGGAAAGUCCUACGAGCAUUAUAACCCUGAGUGCCAAGGGUGAAGGGCUCUGGAAUAUGCCAGUUGUGAGCAGCCACACACAGGGCCAGCUUUGUUUUGAGAGGCUCAUAGGGCAUGCAUUGGCGAUUACAUCCUUGAAGACACCAGGGAAGGCAGACUUUUACCGAAAGAAGAGUGAGGCUCUGAGGGAGAGAAGCAAAGAAGACACUAGUUUCAGGGCGGCUGGGGAUGUCAUCCACAUGUGUGAAAGUGUGUUGCUUGGGUGGAUGAUGAUAGGUACUUUCUAUGUCACGGAUAUCAGAGUCACAACCCGGAUUUGAAAGAAUGAAGGUGAGCUCUUGCUUUAGCUAAUGCACAGCACUUGCUUGUCCUCCACGAGGUCAACCGCACUAAGAUACACCAUGUGCCUCUGAACAGCCUUUGACGGGGAAGAGCACCAUUUUCUCAGAAAUGUCUCAAGUGCACAAUGGAACCUUUGACACUGUAGCUGAAAUAUGGCUCAGAGUGACUUCCUCUACCCAGAAAACCCAAGGAGGCGGCAGGAAGUGAACCGCCUUCACCAGCAGCUCCUGGACUGUUUGUCUGACAGCUUCCAGGUCACCAACAAGCUGACAGGGGUUCUGAACACCCACUUGGGCUGUAGGCUGGCCUUCAUUGAAAUGAAAAGAGAUGGGACCAUCAAAGAAAACUGUGACAUCAUCAUCCAAGCCGUGAUGAAAAUCCAAGAGGAACUACAAAAGGUGGACACAGCACUGAAAGACAGACUGGAGCCAACCCUUUACAGGAGGCUCCAGGACAUCAAGGAAAGGGAGACCGAGAAGAUCGCCAUUGUGCAAAGGGUCAUUUCUGUCAUCCUGGGGGAGGCAACAUCCGCAGCCAGUGCCGUGGCUGUUAAACUCGUGGGCUCCGACGUCACAAGCGGCAUAAUGAACAAGCUGGUCACUGUGCUAGCUCGCAUCGGGACUUCUCUCCUUGGCAGCAUUGGCGUUGCUGUGCUUGGCCUUGGCAUAGAUAUAAUCAUUCAUGCCAUCUUGGGAGCAGUGGAGAGGACACAGCUUCAAGCAGCCAUCAAAAGUUAUGAGAAGCAUCUGGUGGAGUUCAAGGCAGCCUCAGAAAGGUACCACGACGCCAUCACUGAAGUCACCAGGGCCGUGAAGUGCCAGAUAAGAUGAAGUCUCGAGUCCACCACUGGGAUAGCUCUGUGCUUCUUUCUUUAGUUUCCUGCCAUAUGCCUCUGAUGCGGACAGGGACACGGUAAAAGAUAUGGAAUGCUUGGGCUCUGUGACCCUCAGUUGUACUGGACCCUCGAGGGAUAAGUUUCUGUCUGGAGUUUUCUUCCCCUGCUGUCAUAACCAUGUCGUAGAAAGACAUCACAGAGCAGCAGGUACAGAAUUGUUUUCUUGUUCCCAAUCAAUGUCCUCAAACAUCCUGUAUAAAUGCAGAGACCAUUCCUAUUGCUUGUUUCAAGCAUCACUUAAUUCGGACAUACACCUAUGGCCUUCAAAUGAACCAGAAAUACUUCCAUAUUUUUACCGCUAAGUAAAAUCCAAUUGUCUGUAAACUGGAAAUGACUGGUAACAACAACAUUUUCUUCAAGAAUAAAAGGAGGCAAUGGAUCUGUGAGCUUCUACUAAUUACUAAGUGUGAAUGGGUGGAUUUGGAAAAGGAUAAAAUAAAACUUGUUUCUAUAAUGCAA